GACUAGUUCCUGCCAUGUUCACAAAUGCCUUCAUCCAGACACGGCAACGUUCCUGCCCCUGGAAGUGCUGCAGAUGUUUUGGUCACUCCUUCCCCCCUUUCUCUCUGUGUGUGCCCUCGAAGUUCCAGAAACAAGAAGUCAAAAAGCUCAGCCACCCAUUGUCAGGGUGGAUCCCCGAGCCAAGCUACGGCCUACAAAAGACUGUACCACCAGUACCGCGUAUCUGGGCAAUGUUUUCCGGCUACUGCACAUCAUGCUGCUUGGCUACGCACAUGGUAAACGGGCACGAGAGUUGUUGGCAUGCCCGGGCAUGAGCUGGGACCUCGCCAGUAUGUGGUCUGGGCCUGUCCCAGGCUUCUGUUCCUACUCCUCUGGAAUUCGGUCACCCAGUCUGAAUACUUGCCAGUGGCGAUGGGUGCCAGUGCCGGUGCCCAGGAAUCAGUACUCUGCACCUGGUCUGUGGCAGUUCUUUCAAGUUUGCUACCAAAUCCAGUCUUGAUGCAAGUUGCUCCUGCACUUCACACUUGCUACUUCGGAAAUUGGCAAGAGCACCAACACCCCUUCUUAUUGCAAAAGCUACCUAACGAGAAUUGCUGGAUGCCAUCCGUAAGAGAUUUAUCAAGAAAUUGCAAUGGAGACAAUCAGAUAUCUUCUUUUAGCGAGAAGCAUUUGAUAAACUCGUUGUGUUUUGUUAUCAACAUCGACUUUUCUUUCGGACAUACGGGAAGCAAUGAGAGCGGUAAGCCACCUAGGCUUGCAUGCCUCGGAACUAAGGCUUUGAUUCUUGGAGACCCCGGGACGAGUCGGCACUCGGUCGUAAGGCCCGACACGCCCUUCGAUGCUGCCUACAUUGACACCAAGCGCACGCACGGGAGGCCCGUGGAGUAAUCAGAUAACCCGGAGAAGAAGGGAUUCGCGACCAUCAAGCCACUCAGCAAAUCCCCUGAACCCCGACUGAAUAAUAUUUCAGAGACAGCUCACGCUGUCUUGGCAGUGGUCUGGGAUGACAGCAAGCAACCGACGUAUUCUUUGAAUCCAUCUCAACAAGAGCUACUUGGUGACUUUCCAGUGCUACACUGGAAGGACCAUAUUAAUCAGGAGUGAAGG